GACAGCUUGACUUUCGAUUGCGUCCAAAACAAAGGUGGAAAAAUAAUACGGAGCUCGUUUAGGCCACAUCAGGCACGGGAUAGAGGUUCCCCACACUAUGGAAUCGUCCUGCCGCCUCUGUUUGGAUCCGUUCGCGGAGAACGCGUCCUCGAUCGAUGACCCCCAGCUGAAGGCGAAGAUGGAGCAGGUGUUCAACUUUCCGGUUGACCUGAAGACAGGCUAUCCGUCCCAGGUGUGCCAGAGCUGUUCGUACACGAUUUCCGAGUUUUACGUGUACUCCGAGAAGGUUCGGCUGAACCAGGACCGAUUGGAGGGUGGGAAGGAAUCGUUCGAGAAGGUCAAGCUUGAGCAGCCGGAAAGUAUCAAGUGUGACGUUGAUAUCGUCGGGGAUGUUGUGGUUCCGAAGGAGGAGGAGCCCUCGGACGACGAAGAUGAUGGGGAGGGUUUUAGCGAAGGGGAGGUCUUUGCGGAGACAUAUGAACCUCCGGUUAGACGGCGGAAGCGAACGGUCACCAGGAAGCCGCGGAAGAAGCGAAGGAGACUGUCGUCGGAUGAUUCUGACGAAGAGGACGAGGAUGGUGGCGAGAAUUCUGAGGGGACCGAGCGUAAAAAGCGUAGCUAUAAGAGCAAGGAGGAGAGGGAGGAGGAGUUUCGACAGAUCUAUGAAUUCUACAAGAUUGUGUGUGAUUUGUGUAAGCAUACGACGCCGGAUUUACCUACGUUGAAUCGGCAUUUUAAGGAAGAACACGAUCAAGAUGGGUACCUUCUCUGCUGCAAGAAGAAGAUGUACACACCGAAGGUCAUGUUGAACCACAUAGAUUACCACCGUAAUCCGGAUGAGUAUCAAUGUAAGCUGUGUAAUAAAACCUACAACAGCAAGGAGUACUUGGCGAACCACAUGGUCAAGAAACACAACGACAGUCGGCAGGAUCUACCAUUCCGGUGCGACCAGUGUAAUCAGGCAUUCCGUAAGGAGAAUCAGUUAGUUUCGCACAAGAAAUUCCACGAAAAGGUCCAGUGCAGCAUUUGCGAUAAGGAGUUCGCAAACAAGUUCACGGUUAAAGUCCACAUGGCGAACAUGCACAGUGACGUCGAUCGUCGAAUGAUUUGCGAUACCUGCGGGCAGGAGUUCCUGAACAAGUUAUGCUUCGAACGGCACGUGAAAGAGCACGCGGGCAUCGAGGUCAUCAAGCGGUACCAGUGUCACAUCUGCAACGCAUGGAUACGCGGCGAGCGCGGCCUUCACCAGCACAUGGUGAACCUGCAUGACAACAGUGGGCAGCAGUGGAUUUGCAACAUUUGCGGCAAGCAAUCGCCCAACUUCCGGUCUCUGUCCAAGCACAAACGCGUCGUUCAUUGCGAGGAGAAGUACGAGUGCGAAUUUUGCGGUGCCAAGUUCAAGCAGCCGGUCAACCUGAAAGAACACCGAACCAUUCACACCGGAGAGGUGCUGUACUCGUGCGAGCACUGUGGCGUCACGAAGAACUCGCGGUCCAACCUGUACGUACACAUCAAGAAUGUACACCCGGUCGAGUGGGCCGCCAAGAAGCGUAAGGCGGAGGAGGCUAAAAUUCCCAAGAGUCAAGCGUGAUGUGAUGAUGGGAAGAAAUGAUACUGGAAAUGAG